AUGGACUCUCCGACCUCCCCGCUCAUGCGGCUACCAAAGGGUGUUCGUAAGCGGAUUCUUGUAUACGCCCUCCGCAGCCAAUACAUUCGAUACCACAACCGCAAACUUCAAAAACCCGCCCCGAAAACAGGCGCUCAUGCCCGUCAACGUUAUUACUGGGCGGGACACUACAGAUCUCUCCAGCCACCAUUCCGUAUCUAUGAUCCGCGGACCGGACAUGAUAGUUUCCGUUGGUUGUCGAGUCUCAUGUCGCUAUCGCUCGUGUCUCGCCAGCUUCGCAAGGAGACAGGACUGCUCUUGUGGGAGGUCAAUGUCUUCCACGUAAACCAACUCCCUCACUUCGUCGACAUUCUCCCUCGUGAGGUCAUCGGCUGUGUCAAGCACAUCGGCAUUUUGGACAACGCCCACCUCAUGGAGCACAUCGAGAAGUUCACCGCGCUGAAGAAGCUGCCUGCCCUCACAGGCAUUACACUAGUUAAAAUGGGUGGCGUGAAGACAGAGAGCGGUCUCGAGUUGGUCGUGCGUGCGAUCAAAGAGUACGCGGGCAAGGAGUACAGCAUAGUUGGAGUUUGA